AUGGCUCUGAAGUGGAUAUCUGGGGAGAAAGUUAAAAAUGCUCUUACUUAUGAACAUUUGAUACCUGAGAUGGAAAAGGCUCUGUCUACGUUUUCUCAGGGAUCCGUUGUUCAACCAGUGAGGACGGUUGUACCUGUCAACAAAGUUAACGGGUUCCUGGGAGUCAUGCCAGCCUACAGUCCAGAACAAGAAGCAUUGGCUACAAAACUUGUCACAUUUUUUCCGAACAACAAAAACAUUCCUACCCACCAUGCUGUAAUUGUUAUGUUCAAUCCUGACUCUGGAGUACCGGAAUUGUUGAUGGAUGGAGAAGUGAUCACAACAAUGAGGACUGCUGCUGUAUCAGCUGUGGCAACCAAGGUACUUUAUGGAGACAACCCUCAGGUGUUGGCCAUUUUAGGAUCUGGAGUUCAGGCACGAUCCCACUAUCAGGCAAUGACAUCAAUUUUCUCCUUCAAGAAGAUAAAUGUUUGGAGUAAAACUCCAUCAAAUGCACAGAAAUUAGCAGAUGAGAUCAACGGGAUAGCUUGCACUUCAGCAGAAAUGGCGGUGAAGGAUGCUGAUGUCAUUGUUACAGUGACGUCAUCAUCAGAUCCAGUUCUACAGAAAGAAUGGGUUAAACCUGGAGCUCAUAUAAAUGCUGUUGGGGCAUGUCGUCCAGAUUGGCAAGAGAUUGAUUCAGACCUGAUGAAGUCAGGGGUGGUGUUUGUGGACAGUCGUGUAGCAGCACAUAAGGAGAGUGGUGAUGUCAUACUAUCAGGGGCCGAAGUUUAUGCUGAAUUAGGAGAAGUCAUUAACAAGGUGAAGGACAAACCUAAAGGGGAGACAACUCUGUUUAAGUCAUUAGGACUUGCUGUAGAAGACAUCUUGUCAGCAAAGUUGGUGCAAGACUUGGUAUCGGAGUGAUUUAACCAAACAUUAGGGGAUACCAGUCUGAUAUAUAUAUAUACAUGGACACCCAGUAUUUAAAAACCCUCAAGAGAUCUCCAUCGUUAUGAAAAGGAGCAUUUGUAAACAAAGAAUCUUUAAUCAGACAUCUGUUGAAUUGAUCCUGUGGUGUGUCGGAAUAGUAGGGUGGAUAUGUGUUUUUGGUGCCGAAUUGCUUACAAGCGGUGAGCUCACUUGCAAGUGUGAUAGGUGGAAUAGUUGCAUGUAAUAGCCUUCAUCAGUCACAGAACAGUGAAGUUUUGUAAAGAUUGUGGUUGCUAGAUGGACCUAUGAAUGUUUAGGCUGUUGGUGAAGUCCCUACAGGAUUUCUGUAGAGUUGUUUUCCAUUGAUGUUUAGUUGACGAUAAACGAAAAAAAGAUGUUUUUUAAAAUAUGGAAAGAAAUAUGAAACAAGCAGUUACUGAAAAUGAAAAAGAUAUUUUGCAUGCUGGAUCGAAAAAGUUUUUUUAUUUAAGUUGCAAGGACCAGUUCAUGUUAAAAUUGAAAUAGGAUUUUUUAUAGCUGACUCAUGCAGUAUGUUUAUUUGCAAAAAGUCGUGUCAGCAGUAAAAAUGGACUACAGUGGGAAUUCUAUCACAAGAUGUAAAAUCAGACACCAGGCAAAUCCAUCAGAGUAGAUCAAGGACUAGCAAACAUGAAACUGGCAUUCUGGCAGAUGGUUUUUCACAACUUUAUUUUCUAAUAUGUUCUGUGUUGUCUGACACAAGGAAAUAAGCAGUUUAAUUUUUACGUCAAGUUUGGGCAAAGAGGAAGUUGUUAGGAGGAAAAGCCCUAAUGUGUGAUAUUUUUAACCCAAGCUCCGAUGUUGUUAGCAGUUUGGCUGUUACAAUAAUGUUAUAGGAAUAUAAAUAUUUGGUGUUCUCAGGAAAUUCUGUAAUCCUCACAGAAACAACAUUAAAAUUUGUAGCUGGAUCUGUCUAAUACAGAGAAAGUCGAUGAGUUUUGAAUGAUAUAAAUGCAUUUCAUUUGUGUGCAACUGUAUUUUUUUUUUUAA